UUAUCAUAAAGGCCAAUGUUGCGGUUUAUCUCAGAUUACUCAAGUGAUUCGUGAGUAUAGGAAAACUGGUUACAGAGUGCCCAUGGCUGUAUUGUCAAUGGGAGAUUCCCAAAAGAGUAAGGAAAAGGGUCCAUACAAUCAAUGGGGACCAGAGGAGACAAAAUUGUUGGUAGAGUUACUUGUUGAUGCAGUUCACCGAAAUUGGCGUGAUAAUAGCGGUAUCUUUAGCAAGCUAACGGUGGAGCAAAAGAUUUUACCAGUUCUCAAUGAAAGACUUGGAUGCCAAAAGAAUCACACUCAGUACCUAAGUAGAUGGAAGUACUUGAGAGGCCUAUACCAAAAUUAUUUAGACCUUCAACGCUUCAAUUCUGGAUUUGGAUGGGAUAAUGAAAUGAAAAUGUUUACCGCUCCGGAUGAAGUGUGGGACGAGUACUUGAGGAAACAUCCUAAACAUAAACAUCUACGAUAUGAGUCAAAUGAACAAUUUGAGGAUCUUCAAGUCAUAUUUGGAUGUGGUUUAGCUACUGGUGGUUCCGCAAUUGGAAUGGGUGAUACCAUUGAUGCUCGAACCAUUAGAACUGGGGAGAGUACAAGAGUGAGAGAUAACAUAAUCGUUGAUGAAGUUUUUGAACUAUCAUCUGAAGAGCCAUUAGCAUCACCAGAAUGUGAUAUGUCACCCAUUCGAGGUACAAAUCCAAAAGGGAGGGUGGAUAAACUUCGUCCAAGGAAGAGGUCUAGAACCUUAGCUACUAGCAAUGUAGAUAAGCUGAAAACUGAUGAGGAGGAUCCUAUGAUCAUAGGAAUUAUGGAGAGCACCAUUGUAAGAGAGGAUGAAGAUGACGAAUCAGAAAUGGAUAUUUUGCUAUUACUACUGAAAAAUACGACGAGAGCUUACUUCACGAAUAAACGUAUUGAGCGUCCGAUUCGUAAGCCUAUCACAAGAAUUGGCUACAUUUACCUCGAGAAACUUUUGAAGAAAGAUCAUGACCGCUUUCGAAAGGUUAUACCGUAUGUAUCCUGACGUUUUUUUGAAGUUAUGUGAUAUUAUCAGAGAAAAAACAUCUUUAAGAGGUACCCGCCAGACUUGUCUUGAAGAAAUGGUGGCUACAUUU